AUGGAUCCGACGGAAGCUUUGACGGACGACGCGCUCGCCAACAUCCUCCGCCGCCUCCCGCCGUGCGACCUCGCCGCCUCCCGCUGCGUGCGCAAGGUGUGGCGCGCCCUAGUCGACGCCCAUCGGCUUUUACUCCCUCACCUCCUGCCGCACUCUCUGCACGGCUUCUUCAUCAACUACAUCGACUACGAGCGCCCACGCUUCUUUUCCCGCCCCUCGACGGUGCGGCCCGUCAUCAACAGCAAUCUCGACUUCUUUCCCGACUACAGCUCAAGCUUCAACCCCAUCGUGGAUCACUGCAAUGGCCUCUUGCUUUACGAGGAACUGAGGGGGUUAUAUGUGGUCAAUCCUGCCACCAGACGCUGGGAAGAUCUCCCCAUGGAGGAUAGGGACUGCAAUUCGUACCUUGUGUUUGAUCCUGCCGUCACAUCGCAUUACGAGGUGUUCUUCAUCCCCUAUCUUCCUAAGAAGCUGGUGGUGCCCGAGCCUAAAAAGCUUGAGAAGUUCCGUUAA